AUGUCAGCGAAACCUGUGCCAGACGAGCAAAUACGCCCCGGCACACUCCUUACACUGCAGAUGCAGCUCAUCAAGGUAUACAUAGAUGCCCAAAUAGCCACGCUCAUGGUAGAGAGUUCUCUCAUCCACCCCCCGGAUGUGGUACAACCACACACUGUCUCCACGGGAGACAUUCUGUACAUAGUUCAAACUUCUUCCCCUAGUUCAUCUCCCCUACCCCAAGAUACCCGUGAUCGGCUACAAACUUCUAAAGGGACAAAUAAGAAUCCUGCCCAACACCGCCACUUAUAUGCCCCCGUAUUACUAUACAAUAAUGGGCCUGAUCCCCGCCCACCUCAAUUAUUGAUACUAAUACUACAACAACGCCUUCCUCUAUGUGAAGGGAAAGAUAGUUUAACACUGAAUUUCCUUUACAGCAUUGUUCCGUACUUAAUCACAAAUGAUGAAGAUACUGACUAUUAA